AUGCUAUCGUCGAGAAAAAACGAGAAAUUACAAAGAAUAUCAUCACCUCGAACAACUCUUAAUCUUUAUCGAACAAUUACUUAUGAUAAACAAUGGAAUGGAAAACGUUUGACAGUUAAAAGCCAUUUAAUAUCCAAAUUGAAUGAUGAAUUAGACAAUGUACCAUAUGAUUUAGAAAUAAUUGAAUUAUCACCCGAUAAUGAAACAUCAUUGACAUAUGUGUUAAAACAAGUACCAGUAAACAUUCUUAAAUUUACCAGCUUACGUAUUCUCAUAUUAGAUACAAAUAAUUUAACAUCUGUUCCAUCUGAUAUUGGUCAAUUAUUAUGUUUACAAGUAUUAAUACUAAGUAAUAAUCUUUUAGAAACAUUACCAAAUGAAUUUAACGCUUUAAAUCGAUUAAAUAGUUUACAUUUAUCAAAUAAUCUCUUUAAACAAGUUCCUAUAUGUAUCUAUAGCAUGUGUGAAUUAAAAUUUCUUGAUUUAACAAAAAAUUUUAUAACAUUUCUUCAAGAUGAUAUUGGAACAUUGAAACAAUUACGUUAUUUAAGUUUACAUCAAAAUCAACUUAAAACAUUACCAAUGACAAUUGGAAAUUUAACUUAUUUAGAAACAUUGUGGUUAGGUGAAAAUAAUUUAUCACAAUUACCAAAAACUAUAAUUAAUUUAACUCAUCUCGAUUGGUGGCAUACAUCAUCAUCAACAAAAUUUUUUUUAGAACAUUCACUCGAUGGAAAUCCAUUAAUUAGACCACCUCUAUCAACAAUACACAAUGGAUAUCGAGCAACACUUGAAUAUUUUGAAAAUGAAUAUACAAAUUGA